AUGCAGAGACGGGUGCCGUUCCCCUUGGUGUACGCCCUGCUCGUGGGCAUCGCCAUUGGGCUGGCAGUGGCGCGGGCGCAGAUGCGCGGCAGCAGCGGCACUUGCAGCAACGAUGAUGUGUGUCGUUCGUGGUACGCGUCGCCGUUUUGCCGGGUGUACCGGUACGCGGAAGCUGUGAAACUUCUGGCAUGGGAUGAGAGAGGCUUUUCACAAUGGCUCGAGAAUGUCUUCCAAGUCCCUAUCAUGUCAGGCCCCACACAGAUGCUGACAGUGGUCGUGGUGGCCUUGUGGCGCCCCCGCGCGAUCGCAGCUCCCGUGCAGGCGUGGGCGAGGCGCGCAGUAGACGAUAUGCAAAAUCAGCCUGCCAUCUUGCAUGCACGUGAGGUAAUGCGGGAUAGCCCUGUCAGGGUGCGAAGGCUGCUCGGCCGGGACGCCGACACAGGCAGCACUGUGCGGAGGCGUCUUGUCUUCGAAGGGGAGUCCUGGGAGAGGUAA